UCAUUCCAUAUUUUAGACGAUAAAGAUUAAUUCAUUUUGCUUUAUACAGAUAUCACUUUUCGGGGGCAACCAAAAGUACUCCGAUAACCGAAUCACUACAUCCAAUAAUAACGAUCUCACACAUAACUGAAUAAAACACUCGCGAGUCCCUUUCUUUCUUAUAAGCUUCAUUCGCUCCUCAACAUUGCAAUGUUCCGAGCAAUAAAUCUCCGACAUAACGCUAUUAGUCACGUCAUAUUCUGAUGUUGCCGAAAGCGGCAGCCUUGCGGCAAACAAAUGAGCCGUUUAGGAAGAUAGAAUAUCUAGAAGUGAUAGCUCUAAGCAGGCGUGAAACGAAGGCUCCUGGAAACUGGGUUAUCUGAUUUAGUUAUGCAGAACCUGUCUGUGGCUGAGAAAGAUGUUACAAGAGUGUAGCAUAGUAGGUGUCCAUAGGUACAUACCUAUAAAUUCUACAAUAAUAAAAAAGCACCAUGGUGUACUCAGUAGGUAUCUAAUGAUUUAAACUUCGAGUCCUGUUUUAAACAGACAUUUGUUUUCUCACAAUCCAAAAAGCUGUAAAAAGAGUGUGGCGCGAGUCGUGGAGCUGUGCAUACGCGUUUAUGCUUUUCGCAGCUUUGUAACGAGUGAUACGUCUAAAACGGGUUAAUCAAGAAAUGGGAGAAAAUUCAAGUGGAACGGAUUUAAGUGAUUCAGAAAUAGUAAAGAGAUGUGAAGAACAAUUGAUUGAGAUGGAAGUUGAAGGUGUAGGGAUAGAAAAAAUAACUGAUGGAAGAGCAAGAUCUGUGGAGAAGAGAAAACAAAGAGAAGAUGACUCAAGUGAAGAUGGCUUUAUAACUGUAAAUCGAAGGAAACCUAAACGUUUAAUAAGAAGUGAUUCUACGGAUACUAGGAAUGGUAAUGAGAUUGAGAAAAAUGAGGAAAAGGCAACGAACACUCAUGAAGUGUGUAUUACAUCGCAGAAUGAACUACCUAAACCUAUAGCCAUGGCUAAGUUAUUAAGCGCUGAAAAUAUGAAGAAUAUUCUGAGAAUAAAAUAUAAAAGUUCAUUUAAAGCUAUGAUUCAGUUUAAAAGAAUUGAGGAUGCUGAAAAACUACUAAACUGUCAGAAAAUCAAAGACAUGGGGUUGAGGUGUCAAUCAACUCAGGAAAUGACGACUUCCUAUGGAAUUGUGAAAGGUAUUGACCUUGAAUUAAACGAAGACGAAAUUAAGAAUAUCUUAAAAUCAAAUACUGAGGUUUUAUCAAUUAAGAGACUACAACGACUGAAUUCGGAAGGUAAAUGGAUUGAUUGCGAGUCUGUAAGAAUUAGUUUCAAAGGUGAUGUAUUACCUCAAUAUGUCUAUGCAUACGACUGUCGUUUUAUAGUAGAAGCGUAUACUUUCCCAGUGACACAAUGCUCAGGAUGCUGGAAAUUUGGACAUUCCAUCAAAUUUUGCCCAGCUAAAAAGAUAUGUUGUCCUAAGUGCGGAGGAAAUCAUGACAAUUGUAGCUUGGAAGAAUACAAAUGUCUUAACUGUAAGGGGAAUCAUUUUGUUUUGGACAGAAAGUGUCCCAUGUACAUAAAAGAAAAAACUAUCAGGAAAAUCAUGAGCGAAGAACAACUUACAUACAGAAAUGCCCUACAACGUUACAUGGAUAAAAAACAAGAAAUGAAUAAAGACACAAUGGACACAUCACAAAUUACUAACACGCAACCAAUAAUCCCACCUAACUCCGCUACAGAAACAUAUAGUAGUGUAUUGACGAAGGCCUUGGUACAUCAAGAACUGCAUGAAAAUAAAAAUAAACAAGAAGGAUUACGACAGACCGAAAAACCAGCGGCAAUAACAAAUAAAGAAGUCACUUCAAAACAGGUUACCACGAAGAAUACAAAUAAAACAUACAAUAACAAAAAUGAUGAUAUUUUUGAGCUGCGGGUAGAUGAAGAACGUUCUACAUCACAAAGAAUUGAGGAAGGUCCGAAGAGGAGCGAACAACUAUUAGAUAAAUUUGAAUGGAAGAAACUUUGGGAGAAAAUAAAAAGUAUUAUUAGAUCCGAGAGUAAAUUUGAAGAAAAAAUUAUAUCUUUGUUUAAAAUUGUGUGUGAGGAACUAAAAAAUUUUGUAAUUAAGUUAAUAUUAGGGGAAGAAAUCUUGAACAACAUAAAUUGUUUUAGUAAUGGAUAGCUUACAAAAAAUAAUUAAGUUGAACAUAUUUCAAUGGAACUCGCAAAGUUUACGUCCCAAGCUUGUAUCCUUUUCAGAACUUCUAAUUCGAGAAAAUAUACAUAUCGCAAUUAUAAGCGAAACAUGGUUUGACGGUGAAGUCAGUGUAAAUAUUAGCGGAUACAAUGUAUAUCGGAAUGACAGAUAUGACGGUUACGGUGGUGUCGCUUUGUUGGUGCACAGGUCAGUGCAAUCUCACCUAGUGUCAUUAAAUAAUAACAAUGUGGGUAUCGAAAUGGUCUGUAUUAAGUUAUUAAAUUGCAAGGACGUAGAA